AUGAUUUCUCCUAGUGAGAGUUAAAAGACGUAGUAGUAAAUACUACCAAAUUUUGGCUUUUGCUAAGAUAAAUAAAUAUUUUAACACGAUUUAAAUGAAAAUAAUAUUAAUUAGUAACAUUAGAAAAUAUUAUCUAAAAUUGAAGAGAAACCUAACAUUAAAUAAAACAAACAUAUAUUAGAAAGAAUGCAUGAUGAGCAAAGCCAUGAUGAAGAGCAUGAACUCAGAGGUUAUGAGUGGAUAUAGUCAACAAAUGAAGAGGAUUUUUAAAUAAUGAAAAAUGUUUGUUAUUUAGAAUAAUUUUUAGAUAUGUAUGAUGAUCUCGAAGAAGAAGAUUUUCUUCAUCUUGAUAUACCAUAGUUUAUGCAAUAUUUAGAAAAUUCAGAAAGUGAAUCUGAGAGCAUUUAAUCAGAUGAAGAAGAAAUGGAAGAUUAAUUUGAAGAUAAUGACCUAAUUUAAAAUGUAAACACUCAUAGAUAUAGUGAAUCUAGACUAUUAAACACAAAUUUAAAAAAUGAAUAAGGAGUUAAGAAAACAGAUGAAUUUCAAAAGUUCGAUUAACCAGCAAAUAAUGCUGAAUCUACUAUGAAUGCUGAAGCUGUAGUUAAAAACAAUAAAAUCAUUACAAAUAUGAAGAAUAAAGGAAAAAAUUAAAUGAGCUAGAAUAGCAUAGAUUCCCAAAGAGAAGAUGACAUUUACUCUUAAAUUAAUCAAAAAGGUAAGGCAAAAAGAUACUAAAGCUCUCUAGCUCUACUUGCUUAAGAACAGUUUAUUAGAAUUUCAAAAUAUGGAGAUAUUGCAUUAACAUCUAACAUUGCUAGAAAGAAUCCUAAAUCUGACGAUUUUUAUGAUCAGGAAGAUUCAUUUAUAGAUGAUGAUUAGGUAGAUACAGAAUUAAAAUAGCUUGCUAUAUGUGAAGCUGAUUAUGAUGACUUUUUUAUGGUAGAAGGUGGAUUGUAAGAUUUAGUUAAAAGUAGUGAGUUUAGAGAAAGACUUAAGGAUAUUUAAGAGUAUAGAGAUACUAAAAAAAUAGAGAAUCAUCUCAAAACAGAUAAAAAGGAAAAGCAACCAAAUCCGAAAAUAAAAAUAAGCUCUGAAAAUAGUAAAAACUUAAGUUUUAAUGAAAAAAAAUAAUAAGGUCUUAAUCUUCUAAUGGACGCUGAGGAUGAGGAAGAUGAUAAAUAAAUUAAAAAAAAGAAAAAAAAUGCAGCUAAAAAUAAAAAAUAAUUCGAUUUACUCCAUCUUAAAUAACCCACAUUUUAAGAAGAAAUGCUUUAAAAUGCUUAAAAUACAAAAAUUUAACCUGCUAAAACUUAACCAAAUGAAAAGUUAACAAAAAAUUAUAAGAAAUAGAAUCAAAAAAGCACAAAGGACAGUUGUGAAUAAAUUUCAAAUAAUGAAAUUGAUUUAAAAAGCAAAGAUAUGGCUUAACAAGACACAAAAGCUAAAGCUGAAGGUGAUAAUACUAAUAAAAUUAUUUGCUUAUAAAAUAUAAAUAAUAUUCACUAAUAAAAUUAAUAAGCUGCUUAUGAUCAAUAAAUAUCUCGUAAAAGAACAAAAAAAUCCUCCAAUCCCAUUCCUGAAAUCCCUGAAAAAAUUGAAAUAAGUAAAUAAUAAAGGAAAAAAAAGAGUACUUAGAAACCAAAGCAAUCAGGAAAUUAAGACGAAGAUGAAUUAGCUAAAGCAGUUAUAGUAAUUGAUGAUACUGAUGAGGAAUAAUAAAUUUAAAAUUAAAAAAGAAAUUCAACAACUAUUGAUAAAUCUUAAGAAGUUAAUUAAAUAUAAUAAAAAUAAAAUAUUGGAUUUGCAGAAAACUAAUCUACACCAGGAAAAUUAUAAUAAUAACUAAGCAAUAGCAAACCAAUAAUUUAGAUUAAUGUUAGCUCAUCAAAAAAAUUAAAUGAAAACUCAAACAAUCAACCUCAACCAAAAGAUAGGAUCAGACUUGUUAAAGCAUUAAAAAUUAAACAUACUUACUCUGAUACAAGAGAUACUGAAAAUUAUAUAAAAACAAGAAGUUAGAGAAACGAAUCUAAAUCAGCUUCUCAAUAAGACAUUGAUUCAGUAAGUGAAAUGCUUCCUUCUACUAAAAAUAAUAAAACAGAGUAAUAUAAAAAAAAUAAUUAAAAAUCGUUAUAAAAUUUAGAAAGUAACUCCAUUUAAUCAUUAUAAGACAUGCAAAUAAAUAAAAAAAGAAAUGCUAAUUCUGUAGACCAAAAAUAAAUUUCUUAUCUUAAAGAUAUCAAAUAAUCUGAAGAAAUUUCAUAAUCAAAGGUAGCAAAAAGAUCAUUAUCUUUAGUGAAUAGUAAAGUAUUUCUAGAAGAGCAACCAUUAGAAUUUAAAAGCAAAAUUGAUGAACAAUAAAGCUAAAAAUUAAAAAGAAAGAUAAUUAACCCUAAAAAAAAAGAUUAAUUAGAUUCUGUUGACAAUAAAAAAGAAAGCAGAAAUAGUGGUAAUUAUAAUAAAGACUAGUAAAAAACUGAAAAUAAUAAUAAUAAUAGCACUAAUGAAAAUGAUUCUAUGAUUAAUAAAUUGAAAUAAAAUUUAGAUCAAGCAGAAUAGAAAGUACAGAAAAGCAAUAAAAGUAAAAAAGAUAAAGAUAAAAGCUAAGAAGCAGAUGUUAUGGUAUUGUAAAAAAAUAUUACAAAAACUGAUAAGAGAAAAAGAGACAAAGAUAUAGCUGAGGAGGCAAACAUAAUAGCUUAAAAAAGUGAUAAAAGAAUAAAAGAGUGA